AUGGAGUCGCGUCAUGUCCAACCCCUACCGACGACUGCUUCAAGGAGUCUGAAGGCUGCAUCGCCCGUAGCGAUUGAGGCGACCUCUUGUGAGUGUCAAUCUAUACCUCGUCCGUGUAUUUUCUUGCAUGGUCUAGGCAACCCGAACGAAAGGGAAGAAUUGCAAGACACCCCGAAGUUGACAAAGGAAAAGUUCGGUGAUAUCCGUGGGCACGCUCCGUGCUGCACGUCAGUAAAGUACGCGGUCUUGAACACAGUUGACGUCGGGUGGAGGGAUGAAACGCUGCAGCACAAGUUCUGUGAUUUCUCGCUUUCCAUGAGCGAAACCAGCGACUUGACAUCCCAUACAAUAUCAGACACGAUCGUAGUGACACACUCCAUGGGCGGCUUAGUGCUGGCAAGUGCACUCGCCACGGGGAAAUGUAAGCUAGCUGCAAGCUCGACUUGGGUGAGUUUGAGUGCUCCGAUGAUGGGGAGUAUGGCUGGAGACUUUCUUCAAGAUAUUUGUGACGGCAAGCAUACGAAAUUUGUAGCGGGGUUAAUGAAUAUACUUGGCCAGUGCCCUAUUACCGUGGCUAAGCAGUCGAUCUACUACCAGAACGGGAAGUACAGCACCUUAGCGCUCAAUGCGGCGUACUCUGCAGCCCAAGAAGCCUACCGUACCAACGUCAGUGCAGCUCUGUGUAGCAAAAGCUACAUCGGCGUUUUAUCAAAAUUUUCUCCCUCCUGCUUAGUGGGAGGCACGGUAAUCCCUCACAAGUCGGAAGAGAAUGAUGCUCUAGUUGAGUUUCAGAGCUGUCUGGGCGGCCUGGACCCUGACUUGUUUGGCGACAGCUACCUCGAUCGAUUUUACUCGGCCAAUUUGGAUCAUGCUGACACUGCGUUCCUGACUCGCGACGGAUUUUUCAGGGAUUCUCAAAAACCAUUUAAAUGGUUCGAGUGUUUGCUUUAA